AUGGAAGAGGAGGAUCCUCGGCCUCCACUCGCAGUGUCUCUGCCUAUGCCCUCGUUUCCGAUGGAAGACCCGCAGUCUGGGGCCUCCACACCAGGAGCAGACGCGGCACUUGUGAACAUGGGAAGGACGAUUUUCGCCUCGACUGUGGAUGAGACGAGUGGAGUAGUUAUGGGGAAUGCUUUUGCCCGCAAAAACAUGUCAAUCACCGGAAGCAUAUCUGUAAAGGAAUUCAAUAUGAAUGCGUUCUCCAAUACCACUAACUAUCGUCCUUCAUGGAAUAAAGGCUAUCAGGAUAACUACUACGACUGUCUGAGGAGAUUGGGCUCAACCACUUCCCAAGAGGACUUUACCAUGGAUUUGAAGAAUGAAGAACAGUGGAUUGAUGGCACGUGUGAGUGGUUCUUCGAUCUAGACCAGUGCCAGUCCUGGCACUCUGGAAAAGAUUCCUCUCUCCUCAUGUUCCUCGGAAACACUGGCAUAGGAAAAACAAUGAUGUCCCACUUCUUGAUAGACAAACUACUGGACGUGGAGAGCCAGCAAGAUCAUCACAAGGCCGUUGCCCACUUUUUCUGCGACUACCACACACAAAGGAACACAACCACGGCAGUUCUCGCAGGACUUCUUGUGCAGUUGUUACAGCAACGCAAAGAGAACUUCAAGCAUAUCAGUCAUCUCUACGGUCAAUACCGGGACUCACUUCCUGACAAUCUUAACAACCUCUGGACCGUCUUCGUCAGGCUUUUGAAGAGUCUUGAUGGUGACGUAUACCUCAUUAUCGACGGGAUGGACAAGUGCGAUGAGACUUCACGGAAGGAACUCUUCACGCUAUUCAUUAAGUCGGUCAGAAUUAAGAAACGGGAUCUCACCAUCAAAAUCCUCCUGACCUCAAGGUCCGAAUCGGACUUUCCAAAAAUCCUCGAUGGUCGCAUAUUGAAAGUUGAACAGAAGAACAUCUCCGAACACCUCAGUGCCAGCGUCUCCAGGUUCAUCGAAGUCCGGAUCAAGAAUCUUCCGGUUUUUUCGAACAUGGAGCCAAAGAUCCACAGGAUAAUCAGCAAACAGGCCGGCGACACCUACCUGUGGGCCUCGUUUGUCUUCCAGGAUCUUGAUAAAGCCUUGACCAACGAGGAAGUCGUUAUGAAGCUCCAAAACCUGCCUCGGGACCUUCACGAUGUGUACGACAGGAUGUUGAGAGAGAUCGACUCGGCAAAUGCAGAAGAAGCCGCUUUCGUCCUGCGCAUGGCUGCUCUCGCCCGGCGACCGUUGAGACCAAAAGAACUCGGCUUACUUUAUACCUUACGUCCGGGAAAAUGGAGUUCCAGUGGAAUACAAGCGCUAGAGCAGGUGAAGCCUGACGAAAAUCUACACAAAGCUUGCAAGUCCCUGGUUUACCUUGACUCAUCUCUCGCUAUACGUUUUGUUCACCAAUCGGCCAAAGAGUAUCUUCUUGACCGUCGCCUCUCGAUCAAUUACUCGAGUGACACCUUUUUCACUCGAAAGCUUCCCGUACUGAACAAUAGCCGAAUCUACAAUUUCAUCGCCUCCGUCAUUGCAAAGAUGCUUGGUACUCUCGGGCUCAUCAGAGGUAUAUCACGGUAUCACGUCGUGCCAGACGAGACCCAUCUCCUCUUGCUCAGGAUCUGCUGGACAUGCAUGAGCGCCAGAGAAUUCCAACACGGAAAGCGGAUAAUUCAACGCAAGGAAGACGGCGAGCUUUCGCCCAACCCCGAUCUGCAUAGAUUCCUGGAGCUGCGCCCCGAGGUUUCGUACAUAGUCAAUGAGUGGCAGGAGCACGCGCUGGCGGCCGGCCCGGCGUUAAGUACUUGCCGUGCUUGGCUUUCCGACAACUUACACAAGCUACCUACAUUGCGCGACCUCUGGCUGCACCGCGUGGUCCUGGCUGGCGACAUGAACACGGCUCGCCUGCUUCUCGACAACCACGCUGAUGUCAACACGCGAUGGGGUGAACACGGCAGCAUUCUUCACGAGCCUUCAUGCACAGGUAAUGAAGAGAUGAUUCAACUAUUGCUCGAACACGGGGCCGAUGUAGACGCGAAGGGCCGACUGUUCGAUAACGCUUUGGAAGCGGCCUCGUGCCACGGCCACGCAAAGGUAGUCAAGUUGCUACUUGAACACCAGGCGACAGUUAAUGCACAGGAUGAGGACUCCUGCUCAGCUCUUCAGAUAGCCGCGGCAAGCGGGAACACCGAAAUUGUCCGUACUCUACUCCUCCAUGGAGCCAACGCCAAUUCCUCUGGGUGCAAACACCCUCGCCCGUUACUAGGAGCCGCAACUCACGGGGACCUCGAGCUAAUCCAACUACUUCUGGACCAUGGGGCCGAUGUCAAUGCGCAGGGGCAGGGGCAUGCCUACGCUCUGCAGGCAGCUUCGUGCGCAGGACAUUUCGAUGUUGUGAAGCUGCUAGUGAGCCGUGGCGCCGAUGUCAACGCCAGAGGUGGCGAGCAUGGCAAAGCGUCGGAGGCAGCCUGGGAUGCGAAUCAUGAUGAGAUCGCGCGGUGGCUCAUGGAUCAGUCCACUCAGUCUGAAGCGGAGACCGUUCGCAAGAAGGAUCAGGGUGACAACCCGUUAUAUCUGGCCGCACUGAGUGGAAGACUCGAUGAGGUUCAGACCUUGCUGGAGCAUCACGAUGUCAAUAUCAGAGGUGGGACGUACGGCAGUCCACUGCAAGCAGCAGCUUACGAUGGACACAAGAAAGUGGUUCAGCUUCUCAUCGACAACGGAGCCGACGUCAACGCUCAGGGUGGGGAGCAGGGCUCUCCCUUGCAAGCAGCGGCUUAUGAUGGACACGAAAGCGUAGUACGGCUGCUCAUUAACAACGGAGCUGACGUAAAUGCCCAGGCGGGCAGUCAAGGAAACGCUCUACACAUAGCGUCCAAACAUGGACAUGUUGGGACCAUGCGGGUGCUGCUGAGCCACGGCGCCAAGACAGAUAUCCACGACGAACCAUACGGUACCAUCCUACACGCCGUUCUGUUUGCCGGGCACAGCGACACGGAAGUUGUCCGCCUGCUCUUGGAAUAUGGCGCUCCCAUCAACGCGUACAACAUUGAUUUUGGUACUCCGCUAGUGUUGGCCGCUUCACAGGGGAACAUUGCUAUAGCUCAGCUACUAGUCGACAACGGCGCCAAGGUCAACGCGAAAGGCGGAAGGAUGGGCUCCGCACUAGAGGCUGCUGCCGCUUCGGGCAACAUAUCCAUGGUUGAGUUUCUACUCGGCCACGGUGCCGAUGUUAACGCGGAGGGCAGCAAAUACGGAUCCGCACUACAGGCUGCCGCUAUUAAGGGCAAAAAACACGUGGUUCAGCUUCUGCUCGACCACGACGCUGAAGUUAACGCGGAGGGCGGCCAAUACGGCUUCGCAUUACAGGCUGCCGCUAUUACGGGCAAAAAGAGCGUGGUUCAGCUUCUACUCAACCACGGUGCCGAGGUUAACGCGAAGGGCGGCCAAUACGGAUUCGCGCUACAGGCUGCCGCCAUCGAGGGCAACGAAGACGUGGUUAAGCUUCUGCUUGACAACGACGCCGACGUUAACGCGAAGGGCGGCGAGUUUGAUUCUGCGCUACAGGCGGCCGCCUAUCGAGGCAGUAAAAGUAUCGUCGAGUAUCUACUUGACUGCGGAGCUGACAUUAAUACCAAAGGUGGGAGGUACGGUUUUGCAUUACAAGCGGCAGCCUAUGGAGGUUCUAAAGCGGUCGUCGAGCUCCUGCUCGAUCGAGAUGCGUAUAUCAAUGCUAAAGGUGGCCCGUAUGGGACGGCAUUGAACGCGGCACGCCACGGCAAACAUGAGGCAGUCGUCCAGCUACUGCAACAGCUGGGCGCCUACGAUGCGAAGUCAAGUAAAGGGAUGCUGACCGGUCAAGUGGGUAUGGAAAAUGUCACUUCUCCAACAUUGUCCUCGUCUGGAAAGUCUGAGAUGUUAGCUAGACAGGCUCCUUGA